AGGUUCCGCUGGGGAACCGCGGGGCUCGAGUCUCAGGCAGUUGGGGCUGGCGCGCCUCAGGUGCAGACCUGUGGUUCUGGACAAAAGUGGUGUGGUCCUUGGGGGUCGUAGCGGCCGCAACUGCGGGGCGAUGCUAAGCUGGCUGCAAGAUGUUCUGUGGCCCUCCAAGGCCCCCAAGAGUGACUAUGAUGACCUGGCCUUUGAGAUCCUCUUCGAAGACCUGGAUCGCAAUGGAGAUGGCGUGGUGGACAUCACGGAGCUCAGGGAUGGGCUGGAACACUGGAACUCCUCCUUUGGCAUAGACCCCGAGAAGAAAAUUCUUAAGAGUGCAGAUUCCAAUGCCGAUUCAGGACUGGAUUUUGGAGAAUUUGUGAAGUACCUUCAAGACCAUGAGAAGAAAAUGAAACUGGCAUUCAAGAGUCUGGACAAAAAUGCCGAUGGCGUAAUAGAUGCUUCUGAAGUAGUUGCUGCCAUGAAAUCAUUGGGAAUCCACAUUUCUCUCGCUCAGGCCAACGACAUCCUGAAAAGCAUGGAUGCCGAUGGGUCAAUGACAGUAGACUGGGAUGAAUGGAGAGACUACUUUUUCUUUCACCCUGCAAAAAAUGUCACCGACAUUAUUCGUUUCUGGAAGCAUUCUACUAUAAUUGAUAUAGGAGAGAGUGUAAGUAUUCCAGAUGAAUUUACAGAACAAGAGAAGAAGUCUGGAGAAUGGUGGAAGAGAUUAGUAGCAGCAGGAAUAGCGAGUGCGAUCACACGGACGUGCACGGCGCCUUUGGACCGCUUGAAAGUCAUGAUACAGGUUCAAAGUUCAAAGAUGAGCAAACUGAGAUUGGUCCAUGUGUUCAAGCAGAUGGUAAAAGAAGGAGGCUUGUUUUCUCUUUGGCGAGGAAAUGGUGUAAAUAUUUUUAAAAUUACACCAGAGACGGCAAUCAAGAUUGGGGCCUAUGAACAGUAUAAGAAGCUUCUUAGUUUCGAGGAUGCUAAUUUAGGGUUUCUUCAAAGAUUUACAGCUGGUUCCAUGGCUGGUAUAACUUCUCAAACCUGUGUUUACCCCUUGGAGGUGAUAAAGACCAGGCUGAUUCUGGGUAGAACUGGAGAGUUCUCUGGGAUUAUUGACUGUGGCAGGAAGCUUCUGAGGAGAGAGGGCAUUCAGGCCUUCAGCAGAGGCUAUGUUCCGAACCUGCUGAGUAUUGUACCGUAUGCAGGCUUGGAUCUCACCAUCUUUGAGCUUCUGAAGAAUUACUGGCUAGAACACUAUGCAGAAAGCUCCGUGAACCCGGGGUUAGCAAUUGUGCUGGGUUGUAGCACACUGUCGCACACUUUCGGCCAGUUGGCCAGUUUCCCCCUGAACCUUGUUAGAACUCGCAUGCAGGCAGCCAUGCUGGAAAAUGAAACAAUACCCAUGAUGCAGCUCAUCCAGGAAAUAUACACCAAAGAAGGGAAGAAGGGAUUUUUUAGGGGUUUAACCCCUAAUGUCCUCAAGCUGCUUCCUGCAGUGGGCAUUGGCUGUGUGGCUCAUGAACUAGUGAACUUGCUUUUUGGACUAACUUAGAAGUGGAAUAACAAACUGUCAUCACUGCCAUAAUCACUAAGCAGAUAUCAACUGUACAAGAUGAGCAUUUCCUCUGUGUCAUUUUCCUACAUUAUGCCAUAUCGUGAUCACAUUCAACAACAAACUGGUUAAAAGGUGAGCAAAGGACUUGGAUAGACAUUUCCCCCAAGAGAAUAUACAAACGACACAAAUAAGCAAAGAAAAACUGCUUGGCGUUCCUGAUCACAGGGAAAGCAAUUUAAAGCCUCAAGGACAUCCCAUCUCACGCUGCCGCCAUGAUGGCUAUCGUGGAGAAGCCAGCCAGGGCUGGUGAGCAUUUGGAGAAGCUGGGACUCCGAGUACUGUUGAUGGAGCACAGAGCCAUGGAGAAGAGUUCUGAGCGGACCUCAUGAGACCAAAAGCAGGAUGACUGCAUGGCCCAGCAGCCUACACUAUUUCAAAAGCAAUUCAGAGCAGGGUCUUAAGGGACGAUCUGCUCCUCUAUGCUCAUCUCAGCAUUGCCUGCAAUAACCAAAAUGUACAGCCACUUGAAAGUCCCCACACCUGUGAAUAAACGGUGGUGUAUGCAUACAAUGGAAUGCCAUUUCUACUUUGAAAGACCAUCCUGAUGUAUAGAGAGUACAUAUGGAUGAACUAGUCACAAAGGCUAAACAUAUGUACCCUAGAGUGAUCAGAGCCAUAGAGGCAGGUGACUGCCAGUGGCUUGGGAGGGAGAGGUGGCAACUGGAGGUACAGAUGGUUGUGAGCCGCCAUGUAGGUGCUGGGUACCAAACUCAGGUCCUCUGGAAGAGCAGCCAGUGCCUUCACUGCUAAGUCAUAUCUCCAGCCCCCACCCCAGAUUUCUUAUAGUGUCAGAACCCUUUAGAAACGAUUAUGUUGUUUUCUGUCUCCCUGGACUGGAAGAUAGGCUCCAUGAACACAGGGCUUCAGCUAGUUUUCUUCAUUGUCGUCUUUGCUAUUUGGAGGUCUGUAGGUUGCACAUAGCAGGCAUUUAAUGAAUAUUAACAGUUGUUUUGUAUUCGGUAGACGGCAAGGGUUUAUUAUACCACCUCUUGUUCUCAGUCUUUUUUCAACCUUAAUUCUGGCCUUUUCUUCUUAGAAUGUUUAUAUUGCAAUAUAGUACCUAAUUCUAAGGUAAUUCAGGGAAGUUAUGUCUAAAAUAAUUAAUGUUAUUGAAGUUUCCCUACCACCUUUUGUGUGUUCUUGUGUGUGUGCUCGUAUGUGUGAGUAUGCAUAUGGAGGCAGGAGGGUGACAUCAGGUGGCUUCCUUAAUCUCUUCCUACCUCACACACAUUUGCAAGUGCCAAGGCAUGUGCAUGGAGGUCAGAAGGCACUUGCUGGGGGUCAGUUCUUUCUCACUGUGUGGGUCCCAAAUGUCAAACUCAGGUCAACAGGAUUAACCACAGGUAUCUUUACUUGCUGAGUCUCCAUAGACCCCCCUUUUUUCAUUUGAGUCAGGGUCUCUCAUGAACCCGAAGCUUGCCUUUUCAGGAGAGAUUGGCUGGGUAGCAAGCUCUAGUGAUGCCCAUCUGUGCCUUUACAAGGCUGGGAUUAUAGGUGUGCCCUGCCAUGUCCAUCUUUCUUUGUUUUUGUUUUGUUUUAGAUGUAGGUGAUAGGGGCUUGAAAGCAGGUCCUCAUGCUUAUGAAGCAACCAUUUUAUCAACCGAGACAUCUUCCCAGCUCUCCCCACCCCAAUCCUGUAUUGCACUGUAACUUAACAUGCUUUUUUUUUUUUUUUUUUUUUUUUUUUGGUUCUUUUUUUCAGAGCUGGGGACCGAACCCAGGGCCUUGCGCUUCCUAGGUAAGCGCUCUACCACUGAGCUAAAUCCCCAGCCCCAACAUGCUUUUAAUUUACCUUCUGAAGCCAUGAACCUUCCUAGGAUCUACAUUUCCAAUAGCUUAACACUUCAUUGUCCUGUGCUGUAAUAAAACUGUAGCUAAGAAUUUUGUCUUCCUCCAGCCUGUGGUCACUUCUAUCAUUGUUCCUGGCUUAAACAUCCCUGACUACUCCGUGGCCCUCUGAACUGUGUUUGCUUUGAACUUUCCCUCCUGCUAGAAGGUAGGAAACAGGUAUGAGAGUUAGGCUAUUAAACAGAGUGGAUGAAGACCAUGGAUGCAGUGCAGAGGUGAGAAUGCCACAUCCUCUUACCUGAUUCUGUUGUUCCUGUGUUUGCAAAGACAAAAGCAGCCAAGCAUUGUCACAUACAGGUAUCUGUGAUGGUGUGCAUAUGCUUGGCCCAGGGAGUGACACUGUUAGAAGGUGUGGCCUUGUUGGAGGAAGUGUGUCACUGUGGGAUGGGCUUGGAGACCUUCCGCCUAGCUGCCUGGGGAUGCUCAGUCUGCUCCUGGCCUCCUUCGGGUGAAGAUGUAGAACUCAGCUCCUCCUGCACCAUGCCUGCCUGGAUGCUGUGAUGCUGCCAUGCUCCCACCUUGAUGAUAAUGGACUGAACCUGUGAACCUGUAAACCAGUCCCAGCUAAAUGCUGUCCUUUACAAAACUUACAUUAGUCAUGGUCUGUUCACAGUAAUAAGACCCUAACUAAGACAGUAUCUUUUUUUUUUUUUUUGGUUCUUUUUUUCGGAGCUGGGGACCGAACCCAUCUUUUUUUUUUUUUUAACUAUUCUUUAUUAUGCGCGUUAGCUCAGGCCCUAAGUGUACCCGGUGAAGCCGAAGUUGGCAUUCUCCAUCUCCUCCUUGGUGUGUACCCCUUAAAGCUCACCGAUGAGUGGUGGCACCUGUCGUGUGAUAUGGAACACAGACUCUAAUUUCCAAGACUACAGCACGGAAGCAACAGAAGCACAGAAAGUGGUUUCGGGAUAAUUUUUAUUAUCAUCAGGCAGCUCUUAUCUGCAGGCUCUAUUUAUACACAGUAUAUUUUAAUGUACAGAAUGGCAAGGAGGAGGUAAAUCCAAGUCCCCACUUUUGAAGAAACAAGUGGUUUUAGUUCCCGUUCUACAUACCCGAAGACAACUGGACAUAAGCAGCAGCGACUGCAUUGAGAACAUUCCAGAGAAGGACAUUUCACCCGAGGGCAAAGCAGAGGUUCAUAUUCUCAUUUUACAGACAGAACCUAUCCAGGGAACUUACUCCUGUCUUUGGAAUUACAUAGCCGAAGGGCCAGGCCUCGAAGUCUCCGUAGUUCCAAUGUGUCCCCCGUUAUCCCAGAAACCGUGUCUCACCUGAACUAUAAAUGGCAAAAAUCAGGACCUCACCUGUCUUGAAGGGAAGGAGCUGAAGUUUCUUUGCGUGCUGUGGGAAGGUACUCAUUGUGCUGCAUCUCCCCUCCUUUCUCUACAGUCUCCUGGGCCCCUUUCCUCUCCCUUUGGUCUGAUAGCUGUUUGACUCCCUGUCCCAGAUAUCCACCCACUGUUGUCUUUCUGGUGAAUUCAAAGAGCAGAAUUCCGUCUUCCAGCCCUAUAGGCCUUUGGGGUCGAGCAACCUGCUCAUCAAACUACCUCCUUUCCCCAAGCUUUAAUAAUCUGUCGGCGAAGCUUGCGGCUUUGAGGAGCUUUGGAAAAGCAGAAACCCUCCCGGCUCCCUAGCACCCUGUCCUACCUGCCUGCAGGUUCCGGAGGCUGGAGGAUGGCCCAUCCCCUCCCAACCGCCAGCUAGGCCAGGGCCAGGGCCAGCUCCGCCCCGAGCAGCAGCUGGGCGGCCACACCCUGUGCCGAGCUCGGUUCCUGUGAGCCAGAAGCCUCGCCCCCCGAAGACGCUCCAGACGCUCGGAGGCCACCGCCUCACUCCACCAGGCCUCAGCACUCGGAUCCUGCCUCGCCAGCUCGCCGCGAAUUCCCCCCGACCAUGCUGCGCUGGCUGCGGGCCUUCGUGCUGCCCACCGCCGUCUGCCAGGACGCGGAGCCGCCCACGCGCUACGAGACGCUCUUCCGGGCGCUGGACCGCAAUGGGGACGGCGUGGUGGAUAUCGGAGAGCUGCAGCAGGGGCUGCAGAGCCUGGGCAUCCCGCUGGGCCAGGCCGCCGAGGAGGUGGGUCGCUGCGGGGUGUUGGGGUGGCCGCUGACGCUCCCGGGACACAGCCAAGUCCCGGGAGGGCGUUGGCCUGAGGCCAGGCAAGAAGGAGGAGGAACUAUGCCUGCCGGCACGCUGGAAGAGCUCCAGAGAGUUGGAUCUGGAAGGCAGCGGGUGUUUUCCCAGAUAAAUUAGUGUUGCACACUUAAAACUUUCAACACUUUAGUUCUGAGAGCAUCUCUGGUUCUUGGUUCAUCACCUGUCCUGUCCUUUGCAAACUUCUCAUGAUUGUCCUGCUGUCAGACUUGAGUGAGUCCGGACUUGAAGUAGCUUUGUUACAACUAGAGUUUAUUGUUUCAAAAAUUUUUUUUGUUAAAACCGGCCAUGCUCCCAGCUGCUAGUCGAGGUAGAAAGGCCACUUUCCGUUUUUAUGACAUUCUAAGUUAGUGCCCUGAGAGCACACAUUGAUCUUAAGGGUUGACCUGUUGCAAAGCAGUUGGGAGUUUCUCUGACUCAUAUGAAUUGUGCCUCUGACAUCCAGGCCCCUUGGCAGGGUGGGGACACUAGAUCUGGAACUUGUCCAGCCUGCUGUCUUACAAGAGGACACUGACUUUUCUAUCUUAAGAGGAACGUGCUUAAGUUACUGAGGGGGCCACCAACUGUUCUGUACCUAUAUUUAAAACUCCUCCCUCAGUCAUUCAGUGUCAAUGGCAUUAAUGGAGGCCUCUUCACUUUAGUUUGUCCUCUUAGUAAGUUACAACUUUGUUUGUUUAUUUUUUGGAAGCUACCCAUUUUGCCCAAGGCAGUAUUAUAUAGAACUUUACAGAACUGCAGGGUCCCCUCUUCUUCCUGAUCUCUUCUCUUCCCAUCCUCACUCUGGCCAUAGGUUUGCCUAUUCAAUGCACUUUCUAAAAGAACAAGUUUGAGUGUGUGUCCUACUUGCUCUGGGUUGACUCAUUUCCUCCCGUUUCAUGAAUCAAAGGCCUGCCUGGCUACUUUUGAGUGAUAAUAUCUCUCCAGUCACCCUGUGACUGCAUCUUGCAGGCAUGUUGCCGGUUAUUUGUUGUUUUUAUUAUUCUCCUCCAGGUGUUUUCUAAAGUCACUGACAUGAUUUCUUUGGCUCAUGUAUCAUUUUAGGUGUGCUUUAAAUUUCCCAAUAUGUUUUCGUUCUUUGAAAAUGUGAUGCAUCUGGUGCAUGCCUACAAUCCCAGGACUCUGAGAGCGGAGGCUGGAGAAUUGUCACAAGUUACAGGUUAACUUGGGCCCUGUCCUCUCCUUAUCUAAGUCAAACUGGAGUGAACUGAAACAAAGAGCAACAGACCUCAAGACCCCCAACCCCACAAUAACAACAAACGAUCCUACAAUAACAGCCCCCAGACAACUUAGAGUCAGAGGAAAAGUCUGUCAUUUAACAAAAGUAUUGCAUAUAAAUUACAUAAAAACUAUAUGUAUAUGAAUAUAAACAUAUAGAACAGGGCAACCUAUGUCACUAAUAAAUGUAUAUAUUUUGUAUACAUAUAACACACAUACAUACAUACAUAUAACACACGGACACACACACACACACACACACACACACACACACAUAUAUAGUUGACAUAGUCAACUAUUCCCAGCAUUAAGGCAUUCUUCUUCUAUAAAUGUUUCCAUCCUGAAAGAUAAAUUCCUUUACAUUUUUACUUUUUUGCUCUGCUCUGUGGACUGCCGUAUGCCUUCACCCAGUCUACUGGUUCAAAUGCUAAUCUCUUCUAAAAUUCCUUACAGACACACCCAGGAAUGUCUUUAUUGGAUACCUGAGUAUCUUUUUCAUACUAAUCAAUUUGGUACAUAAAGCUCACCAUUAUAUCUGGGAAACUGGGGCCAAUAAAAUACUUCAAUUUGAUGACUCAGUCAAAAGAUACUAACCAAGGCAUGGUCAAACACUGUUAUAUUGCCGAGGACUGAAGAGAUGGUCUAUUGAGUAUGCAGGGGUAAGAACUGUGAAUGACUCCAAGUUCCAAGGCAAUAGUUUGCCCCUAAGACAGGUGUUUACCUUGAGGGAAAUCCCUAUAGAGUCUCACCUAAUUUUGCCUCUUUCUCACAUUUCCAAGCUUUUUAGAAUAAGUUUAGUACAUAGAGGAGAGCAAGUGUCUAUAUUUAAGCUUUUCAGAUUUUAUACUGCUUUUUACAUUUAUUUAUUAUAUAUGUGCACAAACUUGUAUUCCAUGGUGCACAUGUGGCGGUUGGAGGACAGCUUGCAGGAGGCAGUUCUCUCUCGGGGGAGCGAGCUCGGGUUGUGGGGAUUGGCGGCAAGCACCCUUACCAUCUUGCCGGCUCUAGUGUCUUUAUAUUUUGGUACAAAAAAUGCCUGCAUAGAAUGUAGAAAGUAGGUAUAAAGUGCACAGCAGUGAACCAUUGGCAGGCCUUCCGAAAUUACUGGCAGAAGACAAAAGACUGUGGCAGGCAGUCCUGAGGCAAAAUUAGGAGCCAGCCUGAUAUGAAAUUGCUGUGCUACACUUUUGAUGCUCAGACCUCUACUUUCUCUUUUUAAAAUUUAUUCCUUAAAAAUUUCAUACAUGGGUAUAAUGUAUGCGUCAUAUCCACUCCGUUCCCUCUCUUCACCUUCUCCUAGCCUCCUCCCCGAUGUAUUUCCCUUUCAGCCUCACAUCCUUACUGUUUAAUUAAUUAAUAAACACAGCCUGUAUGUGACUCGUUGUGGGGUCAUCCACUGGCAUGGACUAUCCACCCUGCCAAAGGCAGCGGCUGCCUGUCCAAAGCUCCCCAGCUAGGGGUGGAGAGUCAGGAGCCUGUCCCACUCCAGGCUCACGCUCCAGGCUCAGGUUUUUUAACUGGUUUGGUGUUUCAUAGGCUUUGUGCAGCUAACCACACUGCUAUGGGUUCAUGUGUGCAUCAGCCACAUCAAGUGUGGAGAAUGGCGUUUCUCUGCACUCUGUGCUACCUCUGGCUUUUACAGCAUCCUUUGUAUCAGCUUCCAUGAUAUUCCUUUAGCCCUUGACUAUGAGGUUAAAAGAGAAAAUUCAUGCGAGUUCUCCUAGGACUCAGGGUUGUGAACCCAGGUCUCUUGCAAAUGCAGCUAGUAGUCUUAACUUCUGAGCCAUCUCUCUAGUCCCACAAAAAGAAGGCUUUAUUGCUCAUGGGGAACAGGGUAAGUAUACUGCAGAGAAAGCGGAGUCACGCCUGACAUAUUCGGGCAGAGAAUACACCUCUACAGCAGGUACCCAUGUGACCACACGGAAAAGACCCGAGUUAUCACCAAGAUAAUGAGCAAAGCCAGCCGAUAGGAUUUUCAAGGUUGAUAGGGAAGAAUAAGUUACAAGGCUGAUAGUAUCAGGUUAUAACAUGCAAGCAUUUUAUCAGACAUCUCUCUUCACUUUUGGAAAUGGCUCGGAUUGUUGUCUGCUUAUUGACUUUUAUAUAGGUAACUCUUAUGCUAGAGUUUCAGGGAUACACUGAUGGCUCCUCUUGGUCUCGUUCACUGCUGUGCCCCCAGCUUAGUGAACAUUGCCUUACAGUGUUCGGUGGCUUCAACUAAAUAGAAAUCUUUAUACUAUUUCGGGGGGGGGGAUCUUUCUAAUCAUCUCCACUUUAUACUUGAAGCCUCUAAGAAUUAAAUAACUUGACCAAGACUCUGAUUCUAGCAUUUGACCCCUCGUCUGAUUCCAUAGCCCGUAAUAUAGCAUAACUAGCUAAUGUAUGACAGACAAUGAACCAUGCCUCUCAGUAAACUUCAUUCAACCAGCAAACCCUUUCGCUGUUUUCAUAAAUCCAAUCAGAGAACUCUAGCCUCACUGUUUAAAAGGUAAAAAAAGUUUGAACUCAGAGUGAACAAGAGAGGUUAAGUCACCUCUUACAGAAUGUCGCUUUGUGGAAGCCUACUUAUCUAUAUGGGUAAUAACUAGAAAAAUUAUAAAUAAAUAAUUCUGAAUUGGUUAGGGUAAAAGAGAGGAGACACUUCAUACAACAAUCAGUAAUUUACUGGAAGAAUGAGAGAAAUCAGAAGCAGAGAAAGGGAAAUAAAGAGAUACGCGUCCUUGCUGUAGUGAAGCCAGGGGACACAGGCUGCAUCCUCACGAAAGCUAAGCGAUACAAUCCGUCCACACAGUGGCCUUCUCCAGCUUCAAAGCAAGACUGCAAAGCCAUGGCAAACAACUUCGUCUUAAAAUUGCCUGGAACCGAGCACAUUUAUUAAAUCUCUAGCACUGAACCUGAGCUUUACUCUCUCCUGCCCCAUUCUCUCUUUCUCUUCCAUACACAGAAAAUAUUGCCACAAAAGUAAGUGUGGGCCAAAGAAGGCCCCCACCCCAUGGUAAAUUCACCCAGGCUGUCCUCCCCUUUAUUAGCUGUCCUUGCUUUAUUUGUAAUUCCAAAUUCUGGAAUUAGACGAGGGCGGUGCUUCUCCGUCUUCUAAGCGAAACCAUAGGAACAAACACACUUCCACCUAAGUCCCUUGACUCCCCAUCAGCAUUGCGCUGUGCUCCUCAUGACUUCCGGGUCCAAUCUCCAGUGUCCCGUGACUACUGCUUUCAUCAGAGUAUUAGAUAAUACAUAAAUAUUAGGACCAGCUCUUUAAAAUGUCUAGGAUAACCUUUGACUUAAAAGCGAAACAGAAAAGCCAGAAAGAGGUUGCAGAAGGAGAUGGGUGAGGGCAGAGGAGAAUACGAUGACAUUAAAUGUGGCAGAGAUUAGAGAUUUAUGGGAAGUGAAUAGUAACAAAACACUGUCCCCUGUUCCUCAGACCGCCACAGCUCACAGCCAUCUAUACGACCAAUUCCAGGGGACCCUAUGCCCUUUACUGACCUCCCCCAGCACCAGCACUCGUGAAACACACAUAAAGACAGAUGCAGGCAAAAUGCUCACACACAAAAUAAAAACGUCUAAAUUAAAAUAAAAUCCUUUUUUUUUGUGGGAUAAUUCUUUCACGAUUGGGCCGCAGACAGUUUUGUGAAAGAGUCUGAAAUGUUGGCCCUGCUCAGCAACUCUUGGGAAAGGGUCUAUUGCGAAGUUUACAGCAGUCCAGCCGCUGUGCAAUCUCCUCCUUGAGGGGCCUGUCUAGGAUACGUGAUGGUCUCUGUCCAUCUCUUCGCACUCAGUGUGAUGAAGUAUAGAGCCAAAGUUAACCGAGAAUGGCAGAAUUAAAUUUUCUCUUGUGAAUUUUAAUUCCUAAUUAAAAUAUUUAUUUAUUCAUUUAAUUUUGAGUGAAGGUCUCAUUAUUGCUUUAGCUCAGGUUGGCCUGGUACCUUGGGAUCCUUCUAGCUGAUCCUCAAGUGUUAGGUGAGUACCACCUCACUGGGCAAUGUCCAACUUUCCCAUUUCACUAUUAAAAACACUAAGUUUGGAAAAUAAGUUACAUAGAGCAGGGAGUUUUUCUGUAAAACUGCAUUUCCACAAUUUUACUGGAGCAGGAUGAGGGGCCACAGAUAAACAAAUAAGGGGUUCAAGGGCGUCCCCUGGCUCUGGCGGGGGUGCAGAUUUAAAAGGAAAACAAAACACAGAUACAGAUAAUAUGUCUUCUGCCUUCUCAUUGGAGUCCAGCUGCCUUCAUUUCUGGCCAUUUGGGGAUUAUCCUCUUGGUGCCUCUCAACAGGUGCCCAGAGGAGCAAUUUUGCCCUCAGAGCGACUAUAGAUUUUGGGUGAAAAUAAAAGAUAAAAAGAUACCAGGAGGUGGAGAUGGAGGGAACACAGAAGAAAAGGUCCACACAGGCUAUUUUUCUCUCUGUUUUUAUGACAGCCACCCUGUGCCUCACCCUGAAAAGAGGAUUCCUGGGCAGGUGUAACCUUCCUACUGACUAAACCUGGUUGGCUCAGAUGAUCUGGCCUUAAGCUCAGCGGUGGAGUGAUUAGUGAUUUUCCAGCGCGUGCGCGUGCGUGUUCUAACAUAUUCUUUCCCCAGCACCACAGGAAACAAUGAUAACAACAAGCCACAAAACACAUCCGAUCUUCCAAAAGUGGUCAGGCCACCUCUACUCCUGUUAGCGGAUUAUGGAGCAGUAGCCCAGUUCCGAAACUCUGCUCUUGGCAUUUUUUCAAAACAAAGACAAGACAGAAAACAAGAUCCCCGUUUUAGAAGAUCAGGUCUCUGGAAGUUUCUGGCAGGAGGGUAGGGGAGUUGGGCAUGGCUGGCUCUGUCUUGCUUUUGUGGAGCGUCUGAUGGAGGCUCUGGUGUGUGGACUUGUGGGCAGAAUCCCUCUCCCUGAGUUCUCACUGGUUCUUGUGCUCCUUUUAUUCCCAGAACAGUUAGGAUGAGCACUCCCUCGGGCGCAAUGACCCCUGCAGGUAGGUGCUUUGCUUUUGGCCCUUCUCCUUCCAUGGGAAUAUAUCUACUACGUCCCAUCCCAGGGACUUCUGAGCUUAGAGGGCCACUGCAGGGGUUAUCUUAGCCACAGGAGAUCACAGAUAGAUAGCUACUACAGCUUUUUGGUAUCUGGACCAUGUUGAAGAUGUCCUUGAGCUUAAGAAAGGUCUGACAGGUUUAGGAGGUCAUUAGCCUCUGGAGGAUGACCAGGUGACCUUCAUGAAGCUCAGGGUCCGGACCUAGGACCUCUAGAGAGGCCUCCUGAAGCCCAGUGAAGCCAAAUCUCAAACUUGACCUUGGCCGUUUGAGUUGAUGCUUGUUUACCUGCUUUUGUUUAUGAAGACUGAUCCAGGGGCUGCUGAUGUAGCUAGUCAGUAGCGUGUUCCACUAAACCAGGAACACAUAGACCAUUGUGGUGGUGCAGGCCUUUAAUCCAAGCAGUCAGGAUGCAGAGGCAGGAGGAUUAGAAAUCUAAGGUCAUCCUCACAGCUAACACCCUCAAGAAUACUUCUGAGUUUUCUAUGAGACUAGAACAAAAUUUCUGAUGACUUUUGCUCUUGGCUAUAGUUUUGUGUUUUGGAACUUGCAUGAGCUUUCGAAACCUCAAAGCCCAGGAAGGCAUUGCCCCCUGAUCCUUCUCAUUGUGGACGGAGCAUUCGAAUCUAUGACUCUAUGAGAGCCGUUCUGAUUCAAACCACCACAGGCUCUGGGCCCAAGAUAUGCCACGGGUUUAGAGCCCUGGGACAUUUUCUCCUCACGUGUUUGGGGCUCAGUGGUAGUUGGGAACAAUUAGGUUUUGUUUCUGCUUUUAAGGGGGUACCAUUGGUAAGUCAUCUUCAUCCUCAUCCUAUUAGAUGCAAAGACUGUUAGAGUCUUUAAGCUUCUGUUGACCAGUUGUCUUUAAAGCUGACUGCGGAUGUCAAUUACUGCACUGUGGUUUCUUAGUCUUUUGCUACGGUUGGGAUAAAGGUUUCUCAAAGGUGGCCAUUUUAAUGACUUGGCGCUCUCUAGAGAUCUAUUGUGAGGUGGUGGUGGACCUCCUCAGGUCUUAAAGGUGGGAACUUUAAGAGUUGGGAAUCUUCCAGAUGGGGGUGACUGCUGGGACCCUGCUCUCUCUUCUUUCUUUUUUUUUUUUUUGGAGCUGGGGACCGAACCCAGGGCCUUGCGCUUCCUAGGUAAGCGCUCUACCACUGAGCUAAAUCCCCAGCCCCUCUUCUUUCAAAUACGGUGUGUAUGUGUUUUUUCUUAUUUGAUGUCAGUUAGCCUUGCAGAAGGAAUCCUGGAUUCUGUCAUAAACAAGUUCAGUCUUCUGAAACUCACUUUCUCCUUUUCAACAUUUUAUUUUCCUGAAAAUCUUCUUGGCAAAAGGUUUGAGGCUUUGCAUAUCCAUUGAUUAUGGAUGAGGGGUCAAUUAUCAAAACUAAGAGAGAGCCAUUCCUCCGGGGCUCUGCGCCAACCACCAGGGACAUUCCACUAAAGAACUCUGGGCUUUUCCUCACAUGAAGGUCACAUUUCCUAAGCAGUUCUGUUGUGUCAGCUCUCAUAUGUCUGCAGCAGAAAUUUCAUUCAUUUGGACCUAGAAUUCAAUUAAUUUUUAAAGUAGAAAUUUACAUUGCAUAGCAAGAGGUAAAAAAAGAUCUUUUUAUUAUGAAAAAUGAUACAUUUUAAAGUGAUAAUUUUGUAUUGUUAUUUUAUACAUUGGAGAGGCUGACUAUACAGACAGAUACUGGCCAGAUCAUAAAUACAAAUACUUAAUGACUCAGCUCCUCCAGCUAGGAAACCUGGUCUUUAGAAAUGACAGGCUUGGAGGAAGACAGUUGAUGUUUCUAGUGAUAUUACAGGAAAUUACAUAUUAGCUCCUGUUAGAAUGCCCUCCCCAAGCGGCUGGAACUUGAUUAGUCAACACUCCUUAAGUUAACACUAACAGCUCUCCUAAUUUUUGUCUCCACUUUCAAUUUUGGAUUGAAGCCAGAUAUGCCCCCCAUAAACCACACUGGGUUCUCCAUUCCCAGCCAGCCAUCCUGUGCUCAGGACAAACCUCCCCUUUCUUCUACAAAGCUUCCUGUGUUCUUCCCAUCAUUGCCUCUGUAUCCGAGCACAGAGGACAGCAGCAAGCUCACAAGAAGUCGCCCUUGCUUUCCCCUUUGUUUCCACAGAGGGAAUUAUAAGAUGAUCCAAAAGAGAACCCUUAGCCUUCUCGUAAGUGUUAAAUUGGCAUCAUCCACGGGUUGUAAAACUCGGGGAAUCUUUACUCACCACAGGAAAGGCGGCAGAACUAUGCCGCAAUGCACAGUAACACAUCUAGUUCACACUAGUAUUUCUGUCUGAAAGAAAAGCAGCUAGUCUGCUUCUGGUCUACACACAAUUAGUUCAGUACUUUAGCCCAUGCUAACAAUAGAAUAUCUUUAAUUGAUUUUUUUGUUUGUUUGUUUUGUUUCUGUAGAAAAUUUUCACCACUGGCGAUGUCAACAAAGAUGGGAAACUGGAUUUUGAAGAAUUUAUGAAAUACCUGAAAGACCAUGAGAAGAAAA